AUGCAGAUUAUCACCAGGAGUCCUGGUGAUAAUCUGGUUUGUGACGAGGACGUUAUGGCCACGAUGGAUGAGAGUGAUACUGUUCUUGGCCUUUCUAACAUUGUUGAUAGUGAUGUUAAUGAUGAUGAUGAUGGGAAUGAUAGAGUCCUUAAAGAUAAACCUAUGUUCGCUGUUUCCGAUGAUCCUAUCACUCAUAUUGUAUACCAGAGUGAAUGGUAUUGUAUUACUACCAAUGAAACCAGUACUGGUGAUCAUUAUUUUGCUGCUGAUAUUCGUAUUCAAUUCU